AUGGAGCAAGAAUUACAAUGGCAUGACUUGGGAACAAAGGCACAAACGCCAAAUGGCUUGUUGGGAAGCUGGCAAUUGAUGCCGAAACAGCAAGGCAUGGUGGCACAAGUGGUGGAGGAGCAGCAUUUGCACUCCAAGCACAGCUCCAAUGGCGUCAUCAGCUUUCUCCUCCAUACUCUAUACUCCAUCCCCACCUCCACUGGCCACAUUUCUUCUGCAUUUAGCCCCGUCCCGUCUCCUACACAUAACACAUGA